AUGCUCGCAGUUCCUCCAUCAAUUGAGCUUGCUCUGACGGACAAGUACCCCCCUGUACCUUUCACAACCUUUCGAGACCUGUACAAUGCUGUUUCUGCGAGACACGACAAGCUGUAUCAUGGUUUCCAGGACCAGUACCUCUCGUUCUGCAACCUCAAACCUGCGCAGUUUGAGAUACUCGAUGCCCGAAGAACACUGACUAUCGGAAAGGGUGCUAGAUUCACCUACUUUCCCGACAUCGAGACACUGAUAAUCAAACUUACAUCGGGGGCCACUGAAGUGGCACACUCGAAUUUGUCUAUGAGUAUAUAUUUGGAGGUUGUUGGAGUAAAGCGACGUCAGGUGGCCGGUGCAGAGAACUUCGACAUGCAAGAGUUCUGCCCGAUAGGUAAAACGACGUUCACUGGUCAGAACGGCUCCGUGAAGGAAGGGGACUCAACAUUUAUCAACAUCAUCCAGCGGCCGAAGAACAGCAACUGGCCCCAUCUAGUCAUUCAAGCUGGGCUGUCAGAGGCCUUGCCCCGGCUCCGGUCGGAUGCUAGAUGGUGGCUAGAGCACUCGGGAGGACAGAUCGACAUCGUGAUCCUGAUCUGGAUUCAAUCCACGGCCAAAAUCAUUACGCUGGAGAAAUGGACACCAGGAACUGCGCUCACGAGGCGCAGCCAUCGCCUGGCGCAGUCGAAUGCGUUUCCCACACGAAGCGCAGAGAUCACAAUCAAUAUAUCGGAGUCACCUUCUGUUAUCACGGGUGCCCCCUUGGUUCUUGAGUUCGAAAAGCUAGUCGGCCGCCCUGCGAACUCGCCCCUCGAACAGGAUGUCAUAUUGACAGAUCAUGAUCUUGAUAAAUGGGCGAUGUUGAUACAAGGCGUAUUAUGA